UCCCAGUGCCAGAAAAAAAAAAAAAAAGGUCCGUAGACCUUUGGGGAGGUUCAAAUUUGCCCUAAGUUAAUCACAUUGCUAUUAAUAACUACUUCUUACUGAUCGUAUUUAUGUGGCAGGCACCAUGUCACUUUUAAAAAUCCUUAUAAUGAUACUCUAAGAAUCAGGCUCAGAAAAAUUAUUUGACUGGCCCUGAGGGUACCAAGUAUUGGAGCUAGGAUUCAAAUAUCUAUGUGUGUGGCUCUAAAGUCCAACUUCCCACUGGCUAGAAGCUGCUUCAUCUGGUGUCCAGGGUGCCCAGUGAAGGGUCCCAAGAAAGACCGUAAUAGGAGCAACCUAGCUGAAAUGGCUUAUGCCUUGAGGCUCUUAGCCUCUCUCAAAGGCUUUGACAGGUAGCAGUUUUUAGGUGAGAGAUAAAUGUAGUUAUGGUGCUAAUAGGGACUCUGAAGUUCUCGGUUUUUCAUUAGGACUCAGGAAAGACCGUCCUAAGUUUCCUUUUGCCUCCUAAAAGUCUGGGUAGCUUUCUCCAUAUUCUCUGCCUUCAGCUCCACCCCCAACCUCUCUGCUCAGAGAAAGAGCAAUUUGCACCUGCUUCCUUCCUACCCCACCACUUGCUACUCUUGCCUUUAUGGCCUCUCAUCAUGAAAGGCAGAGAGGCAGACAUCUUCUAGUUCCUUUGCUACACUUCACUUUUUCCGAAUACCCAUGAGUCAGUUGGAGGAGGGUAGCCCUCACCCCAGCUGGUAGUUCCGUGAUCUGGCUCUGUCUACUGGAUGAAUUCUGCUGAAAGAUGAAACAUAGCAGGUUUCUGACUGGUCUGGUCCUGGCUGCCCUUCUCCCUCAAGUGAACCCCUUCCAGAUACCUGUGGAGGAAUUUGAGGACAAAGUAUUUGUGGAUUGCAAUACCAGCGUCACAUGGCUAGAUGGAACAGUAGGGACAAAGAGAGCAAAUGGUGUCCGUCUGGACUUGGGAAAACGUCUCCUGGAUCCACGAGGAGUGUAUAAGUGUUUGGGGACCGAUAUAUAUGACAAGAAAGAAUCUACUGUGCAAGUAUAUUAUCGAAUGUGCCAGAGCUGUGUGGAGAUGGACUCCGCCACCCUUGCUGGCAUCAUUGUCACUGACAUCAUUGCCACUCUGCUCCUUGCUUUGGGAGUCUACUGCUUUGCAGGACAUGAGACUGGAAGGCUCUCUGGAGGGGCUGACACUCAAGCUCUGUUGAAGAAUGACCAGCUUUAUCAGCCUCUGCGAGAUCGUGAGGAUGCUCAGUACAGCCGUCUUGGAGAAAACUGGCACCGGAGCAAAUGAUCCCAAGGCUGGUGGCUUCUAGAAGCACAUUGUGAACUAUUCCAUUCCUCCUUGCUUGGCCAAUAAAGAUGUUCUCUUCCAUUCA